CGGCGGGGCGGGGCGAGGAGAGCCAAACGUAAAGUCACCAUGAGUUUCCCAGGCCCAGCUCUUUCUGCUGCCGGUGAGCCCCAAGCCUUGGCGGGUGCUUACGGGGAAUAGGAGACUGGGCAGGCGUCAGGCUAGUCCGACGGACACUGGGUGUGAUCAGCACUGGAAAAGAUGCCUGCCCCUGCUGCCACAUAUGAAAGAGUAGUCUACAAAAACCCUUCCGAGUACCACUACAUGAAAGUCUGCCUAGAAUUUCAAGAUUGUGGAGUUGGACUGAAUGCUGCGCAGUUCAAACAGCUUCUUAUUUCAGCCGUGAAGGACCUGUUUGGGGAGGUUGAUGCCGCCUUGCCUUUGGACAUCCUAUGCUAUGAGGAGAAGACGUUGUCAGCCAUCUUGAGAAUAUGUAGCAGUGGUCUUGUCAAAUUGUGGAGCUCUUUGACCUUGUUAGGAUCCUAUAAAGGCAAAAAAUGUGCUUUCCGGGUGAUUCAGGUUUCUCCAUUCCUCCUGGCGUUAUCUGGUAAUAGUAGGGAACUAGUAUUGGAUUGAAGGAGUAGUCUUCUAUUUUGGAAACAUUCCUCUACUCUCAGAUUUAUUUUUUGGUGCCUGCAUGUUUGAAGACUGAAGCAGGCUAAAAGCUCUUGAUGAAAUUUGAGGGUGCUGAAGAUGUUCCCACUAAUUUCCAGCCAUCACCUUUGGUGGGGUGGGCUCUGGAGGAGAGUCUGCCUGAACCUCCCGGUGCUGACCCUGCAGCACUUUCAGCGUAUGCACAUCAGAGUUGGAGACCGUGCUGAACUUAGGAGGGCCUUCACACAGACGGAUGUGGCUACCUUCUCAGAGUUAACAGGGGAUGUCAAUCCUUUGCAUCUAAAUGAAGACUUUGCAAAACACACCAAGUUUGGAAAUACAAUUGUACAUGGAGUUUUGAUCAAUGGACUUAUCUCAGCUCUCCUGGGAACUAAAAUGCCAGGGCCAGGCUGUGUAUUUCUUUCCCAGGAAAUUAGCUUUCCAGCCCCUUUAUAUAUUGGAGAAGUUGUUUUAGCUUCUGCAGAAGUGAAAAAGCUAAAGCGGUUCAUUGCUGUUAUUGCAGUGUCAUGUUCAGUAGUAGAAAGUAAAAAGACUGUUAUGGAAGGCUGGGUUAAAGUUAUGGUUCCAGAAGCUUCUAAAUCCUGAAAUACGUGUUUACAGAUGCAACCUCAAACACCAAUGCUGUUAUUAUAGAGCCUUUGGGGAAAUGGAUUGCUGCUCUUCACCAAAGAAUGGUUGAUAGGCCCAGAAGCCCAUUCUAGUUAGGGGAAGGGAACAGAUAGAGGGCUGUUCAAAUGCCCACUUUCUAGUUUGGCCUUAUGCAAGAGUGUAUGCAGGAAUUCUCUCCCUGUUUUUUUUUUUUUUUUUUUU